AAUGAAAUAGCUUGCAUAUCGAAACAGUUUCGAUAAGCAAAAUGGUUUAUUUGAUAUGUUGUUAUAAACUUGAUGUUAUAAUACAUUGUUACCAGUGUAACAGACGAACGAAGGCCCAUCCCCUUUAAAUAUUGAGGAACAUCCCCUUUAAAAUCUUUGGUUGGAAAGACAGCCCGAGACUAUUUGCAGCGUUGUCACUAGGUGUUUCAUUUUAGUCCGUGGCGAUAUAUUUUCAUAAAAGGGCUUCAAAUCAGUGAGAUAUUUCCUGUUUUUGCAUAGUGUAUUUUUUUUCUGUUAGUUUAAAAGUCGUUUUUUUCUCAAUUUACUGUGUUUUGCGAUGCACCGGUACAUCAUCCUACUGUCCACCGCCCUGACGUUACUGCUCUCCGGACCAGUUCAAGGAUACUUCCCCGAAGAGCGCUGGAGUCCCGAAUCUCCACUUCUCGCUCCGCGUGUCCUCAUUGCACUUAUCUGCCGUAACUCGGAACAUUCUUUGCCUUAUUUCCUUGGAAAUAUCGAACGGCUGAAUUACCCCAAGGACCGUGUGGCAGUUUGGGUUGCGACGGACCACAAUGUGGACAACACCACGUCCCUCCUACGGGACUGGCUCGUCAAAGUCCAGAAGUUGUACCACUAUGUGGAGUGGAGGCCGCAGGAGGAACCCACAGAGUACGAGGAUGCAGACAGCCCAAAGCAAUGGAGCAACUAUCGCUAUGCACAUGUUAUGAAGCUACGCCAGGCAGCGCUGGAGUCUGCCAGGGAGAUGUGGGCAGACUACUUCAUGGUGGUGGACUGCGACAAUCUUCUGACCAACCCAGAUGUGCUGUGGAAGCUCAUCAAGGAAGACAAGACCAUCGUAGCUCCCAUGCUGGAGUCCCGUGCUGCCUAUUCCAAUUUCUGGUGUGGCAUGACAUCCCAGGGCUACUAUAAGCGCACCCCGGCCUACAUCCCCAUCAGGAAGCAGGUGCGUAGGGGCUGUUUCGCUGUACCCAUGGUGCACUCCACCUUCCUGAUUGACCUGAGGAAAGAGUCGUCACGCCAGCUGGCCUUCCACCCGCCGCACCCAGACUACAGCUGGGCUUUCGAUGAUAUCAUCGUCUUCGCCUUCUCCGCUCGCAUGGCAGAUGUGCAAAUGUUCCUUUGUAACAAGGAGACUUAUGGGUAUUUUCCCGUGCCGCUGCGAGCCCAUAACUCCCUGACUGACGAAGCAGACAGUUUUCUGCAUUCCUUGCUGGAGGUGAAUGUGCGGAACCCUCCAGUGCGACCAUCAGCGUACCUCCCAGUCCCGAGGAGGGUACCAGACAAACUGGGCUUUGAUGAGGUGUUCAUGAUCAAUCUGAAGAAACGGAGUGACCGGCGGGUGCGCAUGCUGACAACCCUGUACGAACUGGAGAUCGCCUCCAAGGUUAUUCAAGCAGUGGACGGCAAAGCGAUGAACAUCAGUGAGAUCAACGAGCUGGGGAUCCACAUGUUGCCGGGCUACAGCGACCCGUAUCAUGGCCGCCCCCUCACCAAGGGGGAGCUGGGCUGCUUCCUGUCCCACUAUAACAUUUGGAAAGAGAUUGCAGAACGCGGUCUGAAGACUUCCCUGGUAAUCGAGGAUGACUUGCGCUUCGAGGUGUUCUUCAAGCGACGCUUAAUGAACUUGAUGAGUGAGGUGGAGAGUCAGAGGCUGGACUGGGACCUGAUUUAUAUAGGCAGGAAGAGAAUGCAGGUAGACCACCCGGAGAAAGCUGUACCCAACAUACACAACUUGGUGGAGGCAGACUACUCCUAUUGGACGCUGGGCUACAUGAUAUCAUUACAAGGUGCCCAGAAGCUGCUGAGAGCAGAGCCAUUGAAGAAGAUGUUGCCUGUAGACGAGUUCCUCCCGGUCAUGUUUAAUAAGCACCCGGUCUCAGAAUACAUGGAGCACUUUGAGAAACGGGACCUGAAGGCCUUCUCAGCUGAGCCGCUGCUGGUCUUCCCGACCCACUACACCGGUGACCCAGGCUACAUCAGCGACACAGAGACCUCUGUGGUGUGGGACAACGAGAUGGUCCGCACAGAUUGGGACCGGGCCCGCUCGGGGAAGACCCACGAACAGGCCGAGAUCAGCACCGAGGCCCAGAACUCUGACGUUCUCCAGUCACCUCUGGACAGCACAGCCUCGCGGGACGAGCUAUGAGAUGGGGGGGGCGGGCAGGCAGAGGGCAAGAGGAAGGGGAGGGGGGCAAUGGAGGAUGGAUGGAGAAAUACACCGAAGAUUAAGAACUAACGUGGAGGAUUUUACCCAUGUUUUUUUCUUGUUUUUAUCUUUCUUUUAUUCUCUUUGGAGACAUAAUGUAUCUUACAUAGGGGCAAAUAUUUCUUUUGUUUUUCUCUGAAAUUGACAAUAUAAAAACAAAAGGGAUCCGUUACAUUCAGUUGUAUUUAAAACCUAUUUUCAUUUUAAUUUUUUUCCUGAAUUUUGUUGGACUCACCCUGUUUAUUUUAAUUUUUUACUGCUUUUUGCCAGUCACUAAUUGUGGGUGGGAUCUACAGGUCAAUAGUGGUCUGAUUGGAAAAUCUGUUACAUAUCAGUGAAGUGAUUGGCCCAGGAACUAUGACAGUGUCUCUUACUGGUCACCCCAAUUACUUUGUGCUUUAUGGCCUAGCUCAUCAUGCUAAAUCUCACCACUGACCCGAGUAGACCUUGUCGCCUCUAGAAUAAAUAGUUCAUGAAUUAGCUGUGGAUUUAUUAACAUGUGUUAAUAUGUAUUAUAACAGCAUAUUGUACUGUAGCAGUCUUCGUGAAAGGCCUGGAAGACAAGCACUUGCAUGCUUUUCAAGAUGGUUUUCCAAUUUUUAUCCUUUUUAUUUUCAAACCUGUUUGAUAGACCUAACAUAUCUUUUCUAUGUUUGAAGAUUGUAUGUGAAGUUUGUGUGUGCCGUGUCAUCUUAUAUUUUUAACAAAACCUCAACAACAAGAUGGAGGUCAUAUCACAGAACGUAAGAGAUUGAUGCCAAAACAGCAGUAAUUAAAAAGAAGCAGUUCCCAAAGUUGGCUUGCCUCCUCACAUCCUCCCUGCCAGACCGUAGCCAUUGAGCUGCAGUGGGAGCCCUUUAUAGCAGGGCAGUACUUCUUAAAAAGCAACAGCUCCCGAAGUUAAUCGCUACGGGGCGAAUGCUAACUUGUACUUAAAUCAAAUGUUGGCAUCGAUGUGACAAGUGAAAAUUCAUUUUGAAGUGUCCAUUUCUCUGUGUCAGUCAGUGACUGUUGAGUUACAGCUGGGCUGUUUAUAGCAGCGUUCCUCCUCCCUGCUGUCCGCAGACACUGCUAAAGACGCCUAGCACGUUUCGCUCACGGAGAAGCCUUGUGAUUUAAAAAGGACAAUAAAAAUUCCCUGCAGAGAUUCCUCCCAGCCACAUCCAAACUGGGUCGGUCGGUUUGUGCCCCACCUCCACCUCACUGUCCUUUUGAAAGUGGAAAGAGGAAAAGAAAACACUUUGGCCCCUGUGCCAAAGCAGUUCAAUAGAAGACUGCACUUAACAGAUGAGAUUCAGAGCUUGGACAGUUUGUCAUGCUUUAUAGCCCUCUUUUCUUAAUUUAUUGCUGGCCUGUCGAGAGAAACCGCUGUAUUCGGGGACCUCCCAAGGUGUUGGUUCUGGCUGAAGCGUUUCUUUCCAAGGCAUUGAUUGUUGCGCUGGUGUUCCCUUCCAAGGCAUUGAUUGGUGCACUGGUGUUCCCUUCCAAGGCAUUGAUUGGUGCACUGGCGUUCCCUUCCAAGGCAUUGAUUGGUGCACUGGCGUUCCCUUCCAAGGCAUUGAUUGGUGCACUGGCGUUCCCUUCCAAGAACUAGUGUUGCCUAGCGUUAAUGUUGGUUGUAGCACUAGCGCUGCUUGUUAGGCAGUCACAGUGAGAUGGGAGAACAUGGUGCUCUACAUGCUUCAAGCUUAUGAAUCAUGGUGUUGAAGAAGAUAUUACAUUCUGUCUUUCUGUAUAUCUGUGUUAUAGUGCAUUCAUACCAAAUAAAAUAUUUUGU